AUGGAGUUGCUUAGACCUGCAAGAACCGUGAUUUUGGUAGCGCGUUCAGGUAAUGGGAAAAGCGCUACAGGGAAUAGCAUUCUUGGAAGACAAGCCUUCAAGUCGAAAGGUCGUGCAUCAGGGGUGACUACAAUCUGUGAGCUACAGAGUUCGACGCUACCUAAUGGCCAGAUCCUUAAUGUUAUUGGUCUGUUUAGCCUCUCUCCAUCAACCGAGUUUACGUGCAGAGAGAUUUUACGGUGCUUAUCUCUGACCAAAGAAGGGAUUGAUGCAGUACUAUUGGUGUUUUCCUUGAGGAACAAGCUAACAGAAGAGGAGAAAUCUGUGCUUUUAGCAUUAAAAAUCCUAUUCGGAAGCAAAGUUUUAGACUAUGUGAUCGUUGUUUUCACAAAUGAAGAUGCCCUUGAAGAUAACGGUGAUACGUUUGAGGAAUAUGUGAAUGACUGUCCUGAUAUCAAGGAAAUUCUCGAGGCCUGCAAUGACCGCAAGGUGUUGUUUGAAAACACGGUGAAAGCCUCUGACAUUCAGAGAGCUAAGCAAGUUCAAGAGCUCCUAAACUACGUUGAAGAAAUCGCAAGGACGAAUGAGAAACCGUAUAUGGACGAUUUAUCUCACGAGAUAAGAGAGAAUGAGACUGUUUUUCAAGAAAAGCAGAGGCAGAUUUUGGAAAUGAAGAUGAACCAACAAGACAUGUCUCGGAUGUUAAAAGAUACGAAUGAGUCAUGA